CACGAACCUAACAGUUGAUUUGGGAUUAUUAGUCCAGACCUGUUGAUACCAAGCUCAAAUCAGCAUAUAAACCAACGAUAGCAGCUUCUGGCUCUCGCUCUUCUCAUCUCGUUACCUCCAACUAUGUGCUACCAUCUCAUGACAUACGUGCAGUACAGCUGCGAGCACCAUUAUCCUGACCAAAGGCACUAUAUCGACUGCAACAGCCAGAAAUGCACAAAUAGCAAGCAGCACAGGGACACAGAGCACAAUUGUGCUGCAGAGUGCGAGGCUAUAAUGCUGCCAGAUCAGCACCUCAUCAUGACAAGGCGUCCGGAGCCUUGUCAUGUUUGCCAAGGCGUUGAUCCCCCGGCGCACCACGGAGACUACUACGAAACCGACUCGGAGUAGGCCUUCGUGCGCAGAACUGACUGCAUACUUGGAGCCAAUUGCAUCUUCAGUCACAGCCGCUGCGAGGAGCAGUGUGUGUUUAGGAUGGUUUCUUCAGAUCGUCACACUUGUACUUGUUUUGCUAUUUACCAGGACUUCGGAGUAUCCACAUGCGCAUUAUUGUAGUAGUGGAGUCACCCGCACCGCUUUAUUUCG